GUUUGUUGUCAUGAUAUCUGUGUGAUAUUCAUCAGUGUUGUUUAAAACUACUCUGUUAAAAAAAGAGUGGCCUCCUCGAUGUUUAAACCAGUAAAAUCACUCCACCUCCACUAAAUUGGAAUAAAUAAAAUGUUUCUAACCUGCCACCUGUUCGUUUGACUGACGUUAGUGACGUUUCUUCACUAUUAAGAGAGGAAUGAGGCUAAGUUAGAAGGAAUUAUUUCAAUAUUGAUGUGAUAAACACUGUAAAUGGUAAUUUAAAAAAUACGGAGGAAAAUUAUUCAAAUCAAUUUAUUUGAAAUUUAGUUACCAUGAAAUUUUCAAUUAUUAUUACAUUUUUGCUAGCAUGUUACAUGAAGGUGACUUACAUAAAUGGUUUAGCUGUGAUGUCGGUAGAUUUGGGUUCAGAAUGGAUGAAAGUUGGCAUAGUAUCACCCGGCGUUCCAAUGGAAAUAGCUCUAAAUAAGGAAUCGAAACGAAAAACUCCAGCAGUGAUCAGUUUCAGAGAUAAUACAAGACUAUUUGGUGAAGAUGCUCAAACUGUUGGUAUACGUUUCCCAAAACUAGCUUUCAGUUACUUGUUAGACUUGCUGGGUAAAAAUGUGAACCAUCCACUGGUAAAACUUUAUCAAGAAAGAUUUCCAUACUAUGAUAUCCUAGAAGAUUCAGAAAGAGGUACAAUACAGUUUAAACUUGAUGAAGACACGUUUUAUAGUCCAGAGGAACUUAUAGCUCAAUUACUUGUGAAAGCAAAGGAAUUUGCUGAAAGUAGUGCUCACCAGCCAAUCAAAGAAUGUGUUUUAACAGUACCAGGAUUUUUUAAUCAAGUUGAAAGGAAAGCUCUUCUUCAAGCUGCUGAACUUGCUGGAUUGAAAGUUUUGCAAUUAAUAAAUGAUUACACUGCAGUUGCAUUGAAUUAUGGAAUAUUCCGAUCCAAAACAUUCAACGAAACUUCUCAGUAUGUAAUAUUUUAUGAUAUGGGUGCCUCAUCAACUACUGCAACACUUAUUAGCUAUCAGACAAUUAAAACUAAAGAAAAAGGUUAUGUUGAAACUCACCCUCAAGCUUUAGUUUUGGGUGUUGGAUUUGAUAGAACUUUGGGGGGUCUAGAAAUGCAAAUUCGCCUGAGAAAUUUUCUAGCAACUAAAUUCAAUGAAAUGAAAAAAACUAAGAAUGAUAUCUUUAAAAAUCCUAGAGCUAUGGCCAAAUUGUUUAAGGAAGCUGGUAGGGUGAAAAACGUAUUAUCAGCAAAUGCAGAGCAUUAUGCACAAGUGGAAGGUCUUUUGGAUGAACAAGAUUUCAAACUCCUGGUUAAAAGAGAAGAAAUGGAAAAUUUAUUCAUUGACCUAUUUGAGCGAGUUGGUAAACCAGUGGAACAAGCAUUGAAAACUGCUCACUUGACUAUGGAUGUUGUCAGUCAAAUUGUUCUUGUAGGUGCUGGUACAAGAGUACCUAAAGUUCAGGAGUAUUUACAAAAAGCUGUUGGUAUUGAACUUGCAAAAAAUUUGAAUACUGAUGAAGCAGCAGCAAUGGGAGCAGUUUAUAAAGCAGCUGAUUUGAGUACAGGUUUCAAAGUAUCCAAAUUUAUCACAAAAGAUGCUGUAAUUUAUCCCAUACAAGUUUUAUUUGAACGUGAAACAGAAAAUGGUCUGAAGCAUGUUAAAAGAACACUUUUUGGUUUAAUGAACCCAUAUCCCCAAAAGAAAAUAAUUACUUUCAAUAAACAUACCACAGAUUUUACUUUCAACGUGAAUUAUGCUGAUUUAGAUUACUUACCAGAACAGGAGGCCGCUUAUAUUGGUUCAACAAAUUUGUCAGAAUACAAAUUAACUGGAGUGGCUGAAGCUCUAAAAAAAAACUCCGGUGAGAAUACUGAAACUAAAGGAAUUAAAGUACAUUUUUCAAUGGAUGAUUCUGGUGUGUUGAAUUUGAUAAAUGUUGAUUUAGUUGUGGAAAAAACCAUUUCACCAUCUGAUCAGGAAGAAGGAACCUUAUCAAAAUUGGGUAGUACGUUCAGUAAACUAUUUGGAGGGGAAGAAAAACCCACUGAAGAUCAACCAAAUGAGGAAAAACAGUCUGAGGAUAAAUUUGCAGACGAAAAGCCAGUCCAUGAGAAAGAAGAUAAUAAAAAGGAGGAAAGUGAUAAAGACACAGAUAAAACAAUCGGUAAUGAAACCUCAAAAAAUAUAACUGAAAAAGUUAAGGAAUUGAAACCGAAAGUAGUCACUAUCAAAGAACCUAUCAGUGCAUUAGAAAAUGUUUUAUCUAUAAAGAUCCUAGAUAAAAAUCAACUCAGUGUAUCAUCUGCGAAGUUAUCAAAACUGGAGAAAAUAGAAAAUGAAAUUAAUCGAAGAGCAUCGGCUUUGAAUAAUUUAGAGAGUUUUGUAAUAGACGUUCAAAAUAAAUUAUAUGAAGAUGAGUACGUACAAGCAGGUGCUGAAUCAGAAAUAGAAAAAAUAAAAACUGCUUGCUCAGAUACAUCAAGCUGGCUCUAUGAGGAAGGGUCUGAUGCUGAUGCUGACACAUAUGAAAAAAAACUGGAUGAACUACACAUUUUAACGAAAGAUUUGUUUUCAAGAGUGUGGGAACACAAGGAAAGGCCUGAAGCAUUGAAAGCAUUAAAAUCCUUACUGAAUCAUUCAUCAAACUUCCUAGAAAGUGCCAAGAACCUCACAAAAACUACUAAUCCGGAGAAAGAUAUAUUUACAGAUAUUGAAAUUGAUACUCUUAGUAAAUUAAUAAAGGAAACAAUUGAAUGGAGAGAUAAUAUCAUGAAAGAACAAGAAGCAUUGAAAAAUUAUGAACCUUUAAAAGUGACGGUGAAAAUGUUAAUGGACAAGAUGGCCGCCCUUGAUAGAGAAGUCAAGUAUUUACUAAAUAAAGCCAAACUUUGGAAGCCCAAAACUAUUGAAAAACCUGUCAAGGAAACCUCAGACAGCAACGCAACCAAUUCAGUUGAUGAAAAUCCAAGUAUUGUAGAAGAAGAAUUGGCUGAUGAAACAACUAUUGAAGAGCCUAUUGAAGACAGUGAGGCAAAGGAAGGAGAUGGUGAAAUUCAUCCUACUAGAACUUCAGAACACCCGGAAGAUAGUCACACAGAACUGUAAUUAGUGAAAUUCGUUAGGUUAUGAACAAUUUUUAGUUUAUAUCUCAAAGUUUAAACCUUUUUUAUCGCUUCAGUGUGUAUUGAAUGUAUUUCGUCAAAAUAAGAUUUACAUUUUCAAAAGUGAAUAAAAGAUUGAUUGUCUUGAAUGAAUAUACCUAAGGCAAAGACAUUUUCAUUAUUUAUUUUUUUUUCAUUAUUUAUGGAAUGGUUAAAUAGGCAUUAAUGUGAUAUUAGUAGUACUAUAGUAUUCACUGCUGGGUGGUUCUGAUUGACAAAUACAUGUAUAAUGAUCAAAUAUUAGGUUUUUAUUUCAAUAAUUUUACACAAUUUCAGAAUGGAAUUUGAAAUAACGAUGAGUUAUUUUGCAAACUAACUUAAAUGUUACCAAAAGCCAUUUCGAGAUCUGUUUUUAACGAUUUUAUGUGAAGAAUUCAAAAACUCUGGAUAUUCGGAUCUUCCACAGAUUAUCUGUGUAUGAAUCAUUUCAAUAUAAAUAAAGAAAAAAUCUA